UUUUGUUUAUUUAUAUAUUUAAUCAACAUAUUCUCAUGACUUAUCCAGCAGGACUUACAGCAACCGGUACAAGGAUGCGAGAACAGUUGAACUCACCAUCUCACGGUUCACGCACACUUACAGUUGAAAAUACAGAAGAAGAACCAAGCAGCCGUGAAAAUACUCCUCAACCAGACGAUAGCAUUGGUGUACUUCGUUUACGAGGUGAUAUGACAGCAAGGAGACCUCCAGUAGUACGUUGGGAUGAUGAUGUUGUAGAUAAUGAACAUAUGGGAAAAAAGAAAUCUAAAAUUUGUUGUAUUUAUCAUAAACCGCGUGAAGUGGGUGAAUCUUCUGACUCAGACAGUAGCAGCAGCAAUAGUGAUAGUAGUAGUGGAGAGGAUGAUAGCGAUAGUGAUCAUCGAAACAACCCUAACCAUUCAAGACACUGUCACCGCCAUAGACAUGGACAGAAAAAGAAAAGGAAUCCAAGACAUGUCAGUCCGAAUGCAUAUGAACGACAGCCUGUAUAUAAAAAUCGACCUCAGCCUAGCAGCACAAGCAACAACAAUUAGUGUCAAUGUAGAACAAACUUAUUUUAUUCAGUAUAGUUUCGUUUACACAUUCCACAUAUGUAUAUCUGUCUUUCUAUUCUUCUAUUUAUCUUCAAUACAUUUUAUUAUUUUUCCACUCAUACUAUCAAAUUAGACGUAACGGGAUCAAUG